AUUCGGAGGAUUGUUUGAUAGAAUAUUAUACGAAACGUCGAUACAAAACAUUUGACGCAAAUAUUUCUAUAUAAAAACCCCCGCAGAUUGUUCGUAUGCAUCAGAUCAGUUCUAACGGUGCAACUAGCCAUUAUUUAUAAAUCGUGUUUUCUAAAUUGAAAAUCAAAUUUCGUCCAAGAUGUUCUCAAAAGUGAUUUGCCUUGCUGUUUUCAUCGCUGCCAUUUGUUCAGCUCAAGAGACAAAACCUGAAUUUUAUCCAGCAGAUGUUGAUCCACUUUUGUGCCCCAAUUAUCCACACUGUGACAACGCUUUGUUGCACGGAACCGAAAAAAUCGCCGUUUUGCCAUCAUACCAAAAAUCGUUGUUCCCUGGCUACCGUUACUACACCGUCAACGAUCUAACACAGGUUGCUGACGAUUACAUUCCGGCCAGUCGCUAUCUCUAUUCACCAUACGCUGGUUUGAGAUCAUACAUCUCGCCGUUCGUGCGUUAUGCCACUGCUACAGCCACUCCCAUUGCCAAAAUCGCAACUGUUCAGAGAGACGUAAUAAGCGCACCAGUUUUGUCAGUCGCACCAGACGCUACAAUUGCACCAAACAAAGUUGAAACCACCGUAAAAGGCGAUCCACUUGCACCAAUUGCUCCAUUUGCAACAUUGCCAGGAUUAGCCUCACGAUUGUUUGUAGCCAGCCCUUAAUUUCAAUUGGAUUUGAUUUUCACUUCACAUACACAUGCUUGAAUAUAAUCUUCUUUCAAAAAUGUUCUUUUUUACUGUUUUCAAUAAAAGAUAAUUGAUUAAAAUGCA